CACUCUCUGGGGCCUUUUUUUGCAUUCUCCCACAAAUAAGACCUUCCUUGCUGUGUCAUGUGCACCACCACACAUGCAUUUAAGGAAGAAUUUCGUCAGUGAAACGAUAAAAAUAGGAAGUGCGUGAACUGGAAAGACAGUGAAUAUUAGACGGAGUAGCCGGGUGUGCCCUUUCCCUCCAUCCCCGCGGUCCUCCCAUGUGUGUUGGAAUUUCCCGCAUAUACUGAGAGGGAUUUUGCUCCGUAAAUUACAGCGCCUUGCAUGGUGGAGGAAGGCCUUUUAUGGGCAUGGAAGUAGGCGUGGCCAGCGAGUGUUGGCUGGUGAUGGGAGGAGGAGGAGGGGGGUCACAAGACAAGCAGAGACACGGAGAGACUGGAUGUACAGCAAAAGGCCGCAUUGCCAGCGGUGUUGCCCAUGAAUGACAAACACACGGACUUCUUCAGAUCUACUCACCCCAGGCCAGAGACCUCUGAUUGGGUCACCAAGAACGAGGGGAAGGACAAGGGGAAGAGAAGAUUAUCUCCGUUGACUUUGCUCUGCUCGAUGUCAUUGUAGUUUUGCAGCUCUGCUUUUAUUGUAUGUGACCCUCUGAUAUAGUUAGUUUACAUCCAUUGGAGCAUUAGCAGCUGGUUCCGUUGGAAAUAUUCACCUGUUUCGGCUUAUUCAUGCCCGUCAUGAGUGUACCAGCCCAGCAGAAACCCAGCACCAAAAGAACAGGCAAACGCAUCACGUUUUUCAACGAACAAAGCGUAGCAAUGAAGGAGACUUCUCAGCACCCUGAGGGGUCCUACUAUGUCCCAGGUGGCACUGCCUCAGACCCAGGACAGAGCGAGGCUGCAAGUACUGUCACCUCCAAUCCAGAGGGCCCUCACAUGUUCCUCAGUUCUGUCAUAUUCAGCCCAGAUAAGGGUGACCAGAGCAGGGGUCACUAUCAGCAGACUGUACCUAUGAAGUGGGCCCACCAGGAGCCGAGUCAGCAGCAGCCAUCUCUGUCCCAGCAGAGAGCUGCGUCCUGGAAUACCAUGUCUAACUGGGGACAAAACAUUUCUAAUUACAUGGGAGGAGUUAAUUUAACAGACUCAAGGACCCCGAAUGCAUUUGCAAAGUCGAUACACGAGACUUCUGGCUUACAGACUCAUCAGCAGCCCCCCAACAGAGCUGCAGACAAGUUGCCUAACCCUGCAGUUGAAGCAUACAGGGAUGCAGUUAAGAGUCGACUGGACUGGGAGCAGCAGCAGCAGCAGUCCCAGGCCUUUCAGGAGACCUUGAAACCUGGAGCACUGAACACUCAGCAGCACAGCACAUCCCACCCAGGAGGAAGCUCAGUUUUGCAGCCCUUCCAGUUGGCCUUUGGUCAGCCCAAGCAGCACCUGCCAGCCUACUACCAGACCUUUCAAGGGAACAGAACAACCCUUCCUAACCCACCUAUCUACGCAACACAAGCAAAACCCCCACACCAAUUGCAGCAGCUGCAGAAGCAAGAGCAAAUACGCCAGCAACAGCAGCAGCAGCAACAACAUCACAUAAUCCAGCAGCAAAUUCAGCAACAGCACCAUCAACAGAUACAGCAACAACAAAUCAUUCAGCAUCAACAGCAUGUACAGCAACAGCUACAGCAGCAGCAGCAACAAAUACAGCACGAGCAGCAGCAACAAAAGAUACAGCAGCAACAACAGCAGCAACAGCUCCAAAUUCAGCAGCAAAUGCAACAUCAGCAGUUGCAACAACAAAACCCUCAUGUGCUUGACUAUUACCCAGGUGCACAAAAUGCACACCCUCACCCACAUCCACAGCCGGUGGUGGUACACUCACAGGAGUCCUCUGCCCCGGCUCCCCCAAAGAUACAGGAACCAAUUAUCCAGGACAUCACCCCAGAACCACAGCAGCCUUCAGAUCCGCUACAGCCCCCUCUCCAGUCUGAGCCCCUGUCCCAGUCACAAUCACAGACGCAACUCCAGUCCCAAACGCAUCUCCGCAGAUCACGACGGCUCUCCAAGGAAGGUGGGGCACCAUCCGACAACCCUUUUCUCCCGGUCUCUUCAGAACAGGCUGUCCCAGGGCCACAGGGCUCCCAGCAAGGGGCCCGUGACAUCCAGGCAGCCCCCACAGGAGUAAUCCAGAGCACACGCAGGAAACGCAGGGUGUCCCAGGAGGUCAACCUGGAGACCCUUGCUCAGAAGGCCUCAGAAAUGGAAUCUCUGCCGUCACAUGAGCCCCACAGGCCGUGGAGUCCCGCUGACUCAGAGGGUCUGAACACCAAGCGGCCUCGAGACGACAGCCUUCUUCCGCUUGUCAUCCCUGUGUCUGUUCCAGUUCGAAGGCAGGAACCCUCUUCUCCUGAUAGAGAUGAAGCAGACCUGGCCUCCAGCUGGCCCCCCAGACCUGCAAACCCCCAGGAACUUGGCCGUGCCGACCACAAGCCUUCGGUCAUCGUCACCCGGAGACGUUCACUCAGGAACUCCUUGUCAGAGAGCUCAGAGCAGAACGGAGGAGCUGAGGGAGACAAAGAUGAUGACGGCAAAAAGUCCAAACGGCGUCCCCGGCCCGAGCCUCUCUUCAUCCCGCCACCCAAACCUGGUUUAUUCAUCGCCCCUCCUGUCUACUCGAGCAUCACACCCUACCAGAGCCACUUACGUUCCCCCGUUCGCCUCGCCGACAACCCCCUCACCAUGCCUCCCUACACACCUCCGCCAAUCCUCAGCCCUGUUCGUGAGGGCUCUGGCCUCUACUUCUCCACUUUCUUGUCCUCCGCCGCAGCUGCUGCAGCCACCAGCCAGGGCCUACCACCUCCUGCAACCCCCAAGUCAGCAACACGCAGCCUGUUGCGCUCCAACAGCUGCGACAUCACACCACCAGUUCUGUCUGCUAUGAGCGAGGCCACUCCAGUCAGCAUUGAGCCACGGAUAAAUAUCGGGUCGCGAUACCAGGCGGAGGUGCCAGAGCUGAGGCAGCGGUCAGCUGUCGAGCUGGAUCAGCAUCGUGCAGAACUGGUCUGGGCUCCUCUGACUGAACUGGAGGAAAAUCCUGACUUCCAGGCUAAAGUGGAAGACCUCAUGCACCUGGCCUGCUCCAGUGCUUUCUGUGGAGGAGGAACCAAUCAGGAAUUAGCCCACCAUUGUUUGUACGAGUGCAAAGGAGACAUAAUGGCUGCGCUGUCCCUCCUGAUGCUGAAGAACCCAAUUUUCCCCAAGUCUCAUAAUCUGGCAAAGUACCACUACUCAGGAUCAGACAGCUGGACUGCAGUUGAGAGACGCCAGUUCAACAAAGGCAUCACUGCAUACAAGAAGGACUUCUUCAUGGUGCAGAAACAGGUGAUCACGAAGUCAGUGGCGCAGUGUGUGGAGUUUUACUACACCUACAAGAAACAGGUCAAGAUCGGUCGCAACGGGACGCUGAUGUACGGCGAGGCCGAACCUCUUGAGAGCAGGACCACCGAGGAGGAGAUGGACCACAAGCAGGGCUCUCACAGAUUGGAGCCACAGCAGGAGGAGGACAGCAGGAAGUGGGAAGGGUCAGCUGACAGGAAACAGGAAGUCGGCCCCACCAGAGUGGCUCACACGCUGCACUCAACUCAGAAUCCUGGGACCGUCCUGAUCAUGAAAGGCCAAGAGGACGUAGGGAGGGACGCGCCGCUGUCCCGGGUCAUCCACCCCCCUCACCCACCCCCUCCCAGCACCAAAUCACGCUACGACAGCAACGCACGCAGGACCAGCCCUUCAACAGGCAACAAAGGCGCAGCCGGGCAGGAGGGGGAGUUCCCCUGCAAGAAAUGCGGCAGGAUUUUCUACAAGGUGAAGAGCCGCAGCGCCCACAUGAAGAGCCACGCCGAGCAAGAGAAGAAGGCCGCCGCGCUGCGCCAGAAGGAGGCCGAGGAGCGAGCGGCGGCAAAAGCAGCCGCCGAGGCCGCCGCCCUCCUCGCUGCGCGGCAGCAGAACGGGACGCGGCAGUUGGGCGGAGACAGCACCAAUGACGAUUCGUCAGACGGGGAGGACGAGGACGAUGAGGACUGGCAGUAAGGGAAAGGCCGCACGCGCUGACUGCUCCACGCCACGCUCUCGGUUUGGAGGAGGAACUUGUAAAGAAUUAAGAAUCCCUCCUGUGAACUUUGUGUAUAUUUUGUGGAACAAGAAGACUUCCGUUGUCUGGCACAUUCAGGGACAGAUUUACUCCCGUGUGUGUGUUUACCUGUGUGUGUGUGUGUGUGUGUGUGUGUGUGCGCGUGUGCGUGCGUGUGUCUGUCAGGACUUUUCAAAAACUUACCAACGCCCCUUUACUCUGCUUAUAAAGCUUUUCAAGAGUUACCUCUCUUGGUCACAGGGCUCGGUCAAAUCAUAGCCAUGCCGCCUCUCGGCGCUGUCCUGCAGUCCACGCCAGGCCGCGGCCUUCCUCAGCACUUCGAGUCUCUCGCCCUGCGUCCUUUGGCAGACGUAGAACUGGUUGGAUCCCGAUCCCGUCUCUGCCCCUCGCUCGAUGAGCAGCAGCACGUGCUUGUACUUAAAGCUGCGUUCCCAACUGGAUGAAGUUUUGGCGACACGGACACUGAAAUCUGACAGCUGGGGGGGGGGGGGGGAGCGCGGCGAGGCGAACAAACUGAGAGUCAUGCUGUUAGUUCCUCUGCUCAAAGUCGGACGGACGGAUGGACGGAAGGCAUGUGAAAACUGUUGCCUUUUGUUUCGCCUCUCUUCGGCAUUCAAGGCUGCCAAAAGCUUUCUCAGACGCAUGUUGUGCACCAAAUGGGUUCCCUCUAGCGUUGUUCAUUUGGGCUUUAGUUCUGUGAAUCCCUCUGCAGCCCUCGUCACUUUUUACAGUUACACUUUGUUCCUCACUGUUGAUGCCUUGGAUGUUUUGAUGCUUUUUAUCUUGAAAUGACAAUCAAUUGUACAUUGUUGCUGUUGUUGCUGUUGUUGUUGUUUUUUUAUAAAUAUAUAUAUGUGUGUGUAUAUACACACACACACAUAUAUAUAUAUAUAUAUACAGGUAAAGGUUACUUUUUCUGCCUGUGUAGCUAUACAUGGUUAUUGUUGUUGUUGUUUUUGUGAAUAUUCUUGUUUAUGAUUAUUAAUAUUAUUAUAUUCUGGUUUUGGCUGCAAUUUAUUUGAGCGCUCUUCUGUACUUGUCCAUAGCUUAUUUUUCUUUCAUUUUUUAAUUUAAGCAAAAAAAAACAAACAAACAAAAAAAAAACAAAAAUAAUGCUACUUGCUGCCUGUUUAUGACUGUGAGAUUUUUUUUUUUUUUUUUUUGGAAGCCAGAAAUGAAGAAAAGGCAGAAACGUAUGUGCAAUAGAACAAGUUGACCCAUCUGCCCUCCCCCCUUCUCUCUCUCUCCCCCUCUCCCUCUCCCCCUUCUCUCUCUCUCCCCCUCUCCCUCUCCCCCUCGUCGUGUCAUGGCUGCCUCUCUGUAACUGAUAGGAGGUUCAGACUCUGACUGUUGAAACCGCAGCUCUCUGUAGAUCCACACAGCAAAGUGGGAAAGACGGCAAACGGCGCAGAACGAAUAUCAACGUUUAUGACCUGCUUUUACUACUUGACAUUUUGAGCCCGAGUUCACUUUUUACUUCGUCCACAUUCUCUUUGGGGAAAUAUUUUCCUGAUGCAAACAGGACGUCAAGAGAAGCAGAAACAUUCAGUACUGUAGACCACACGUAAACCAGAUUUUGCAGGCGGACAGGAGGUUUUGAAUGCAACAUGCGUACAUUUUAUUUGCAUUUUAAAACCAGAUGAUCAACAUUUGUGAGUUUACUUUUGUACGCUUCGCACAGACUCAAAACAUGUCGCUAAAUUAUUUCCUGUCAUCAGCACAGCAGGCCUUCACGGAAGCAUCCAUUUCAGCAGGUUUCCACAGGAGAUUCUGAACUGUGUUAUUCAACUUUCUGGUCCCCGUAAACUGAAACCCGUAAGGCCAGAAAAUGUGUCUCAAGCUACGUUUACAUCGUUGUGACACUAACCCUCCACUGUUACUUCAUCUGUGUGGGUCAUCAGUUAAUGAAGGGCAGUGGAGAAACUAGUGACUCAUGCAGUGAAAAAAUAAAUCUGCAGAUUUUAUUCGGUUCAGGAAAAAAAUAAAAAUUUAAAUGAUCUGCGCUGGACAAGCUACCUGGUUGUGAUUAAGGGUUUGAUAUUUUUUAUUUUUCUUGCCCUGAUUUGUACUUAUGGUUGACUUUUUUUUCUGUCUACCUUGUUGCUUGUAGCAGGCACUGAGUUGGGCUGUGGAAACAGCAUGUUUAUCUCUACAUAUCUCUCUGCUAAGCCCUUCGGCCCUGAGCCAGCUUCUGUUGCCUUUGCAACAAAUGGGUUAAAGGGUUAUUUUCCUUUAAAGGACAAACCACAGUGGGGAGUUGGGGGGAGCGGGAAAGAAACGGCUCCAAUUACCAGUUACUCCACAAGAUAAUCCUGGGUCUAUGCACAGACUGUUUGUAUGCGUGUGUGUGUGUGUGUGUGUGUGUGUGCGCGCAGACAUACUGUUAAAAGUGUGUGUGAGAGUGCUUUGAAGUCUAAUGUUAAACUGUACGCCAGUCAAUGGGAGGGAAAAAAACAAGUUUUUGCAGACUGUUCACGUUUGGUAUGUUAAUUUAUAUUUCCUUUUUAUUUGAGCUUGUCCUGAGGUUCUCACGAGGUUGGAGGGCAAAGUUGUCGUCCACGUAAAGGUUUUCAAGCUGUUUUUAAAAGAAGAAGAAUCAGAUGAAAUCGAGGCCACGGCAAACACGCAGCUGUAAAUUCUCCUCAUCUCAUCCAGUUGGCUAAGGGAAUUUUAAAGGGGGCAAAAGGUUUAUUUAGCUAAAGAUUAGAAAAUAUAUAUGAAUGAAAUUCUAUGUUUGCAUACUUUCUAUGCUAUUUUCAUAUGGGGUUCACACUAAUGACGAAACAGAACGGAAUCUCAAGUGCUUUUUACUACAGUGUAACUUAUUUGUUUUUGAUUUGAUUUUUACCACCUGUGUUUUUAGUAAUGAUUUAUGAAGCACUGUAUAUUAAAGUUUUAAAAUAUUCAUGAA